CGAAUGACCCGGAGCGUAAGCCCUGUUAUAUUCUAUUCUCCCCCCAGAAACAAUCAAGUAUUGUUACAGUACCUUAUUUUCUAUAAUACUUGACUAUCUUCCCCCACCCAUCUGCAUUAUUAUUUAUUUCCCCUUCCUUAGCCCCCCUAUAGUUCUUUUCUACUCUAAAGAGCCCAUAGCAUCCGUUCCCUAGUUGUGGAUCUCGUCUCUCUUCGAUUCCAUUCCUCCAACACCACCACUAGGGCCGCCUCAUAUGCGCCACGGUCUCUUGUUUUGCUCAAUGUGUUUGUCUCUAAGAUCUUGUCUUGGAGGCGUGGUGAACGCAUAAAUGCAAUCAACCUGUACCGAGGAACCCUGGCAUGACCAGCUUUCCAUGUUACGGUCAUCAAAUUCCAUCAACGCCUCACCAUUGCAGCGGACGCGGCUCGAAAUGUCGCAACCUAUAUCCCCUCGGUCUGUGGCACCGGACUCGACUCAAUUCUCUUAUCCAUCUCUAUUCCAAAUUGGCGCAGAAUUCCCACGGUUCGUGGUCCCUUAUCGCUGGUGGGAGGACGAGGCUACUACUGUUCUGUGGGCAUUUAAUAUCCCCGAGAUUCGCCAAGUCAUCCGGUACGGACUUUUUCGAGAUGAGAACUUUCCGCGGAACUCGCUUUUGAGUCGUAACGCGGACACCAUUGACGCAUUUCUCGUGGCGCUGUCGGAUCCACGAGAGCAUCAGCUUUUAGGGAGUCUCUCUCACUUGCAAAGAGUUGAGGAAAUUCUACGCCGUUGCAAAAUUUCGCCAUUUCAACCAGCGCCGUGGAUGUGGUUUCCUCCGCCGCCAGGCCAUGAUCUAAAUGCUCAAGAAAUUGCCGAUGCAAUCGAAGCAGAAAGCCAUCACCAGUUCCGCAAAAUCUCCUUCGAAGAGAUUGUGCGUGCCUCUCUUGGAUAUAAUGCGGUCUCGGUCGAAUGGUUCCUGCAUCAGCAUGCUGUUCUAUACGUUUAUCUUUUCAAUCAUCUUCAGAUUUACCCAGAGGAAAUCCCUCUCUAUAUAGAAGCGGAGAAGCAUUUACGGACUCAGAGUCCCUUUGCCCAUCGGGCAUUGAUGCAGUGCAUCCGCACCUUACAGCCAGACGCAGCCCACGAUAUGCCUCAGACUCUCACCCCAGGCUUCGAAUUCAUAGCAGGCCCUGUCCAGAUGCUAUUUAGAGACCAACCUCCCAGCUUGACCACCAUCCUCAAGAUAUUUAGUGUUCUGGCCUUCCGUUUCCGACGUCAAUAUAUCCAUACCGCCAAAAUGGAGUGGCAUGUGCCGCUUAACACUACUAUUCUGUUUUUGGAAGACUGUUUGAAUUCGACGUCGCCGAAGGACCUGGCCCGUACGAUGACAGGGAGUGACGAGCUCAAUUUCUCCGGAUUAUCCCGACAGAACAUCGUUGCCAAUGAUUCUCUAAUGCGAGGACUUCUGACAAAUUGGCACGAUCUCAGUAUGUCGGUUUGGGAAUGCUGUGCGGCAUUACCUGACAUUGUCCCAUUCCUACGGGAAUGCGCCGAAGCCCUCCUUGAUGCUAGAAACUACCACUCGCUGACGGCUCUCACCGUUGGUCUGCACCGAUACAACACCGCUACGACUCGCUUUCGCAGCUUGAAUAGUACCGUUGGUGGAAUGGUCUUUUUAGAUCCAAUACUUCCACCCGAAGUAGUCAUCAUCACCAAUCCUGCCGAAAACUAUGCAUCCUAUCGCCAGCAGUACUGUGAACAUCCCGGAAUCCCAUUCCUCAUUCCCCAUCUUCGGGAUUACCAGCAGCAUGGGGAAUCUGCCAUCCAGCCCUUGCUUCAAUAUCUGCAAAAUCAAAUGGCAGCCAAGACGUAGAUUGGUCGAUCGACGCUAACUCAUACCCUGCCUUGGGGUCGGUGAGAGAAAUGAAGUGACUGCUUCUGCUUCGUGUGUGGCCGAAGGUGGCUGCAGGUGGUCAUGCUAACAGGGCUAUGUAUGACAUGGGGCUCUUUCGAACCUUUUUGUUUGUCUCUUAAUGUCAUUAUCAAGGCGCAGCGAGUACACGGAUGAAACUUGUUUGGGUUGACUUGCAUUGCUGUUUUAGAUUGCUUCGGAUUUUGAGGGAACUAUGUACUUCUACGCUAUACCCAUGCUGAAAUUUGCAACGCUGGGCGUCUGGCGUUGAGUCGAGU